CCCUCCUCCCCCCUCCUCUCACCGCGCGGGGUGCUAGGAAGGCUGGGGUGGGCGAGGGCCGAGGGCCGAGGGCUGCGGCAACCGGGGGGCGGAGGCGCAUUGUGAAGUGGCCAGAGCGUCACAGGCGGCCCGGACCCCCGGGAUCCGAGGGCGGGGCGGGUCUCCGCAGCGCCCCCCGUGAGGUCCAGGGACCCUGGCUCAGACGCUGGGCGCGCGGGGAGGGAGCAUGGAGGGCUUCGGCCGCUUCUCCCCGUGGCCUCACUCGGACCUCUGGGAGGCCCCGCCGCCCCGCAAGGAGCGCGCAUCCUCGGCGCGGCUGGGCGGGUCAGGGCCGCAGAGCGAGCAGGGCCUGUGCUCCCGGCCCGGGACUCCCCGCGAGCGGAGCGAGGCCUCGGCGCCCUGGCCGCACCUGCGCUGCUCGCCCACCCCGCGGCCCCGCCGGCGCCGGUACCCGGACUUUCCGCCUGAAAGCCGCAGCCUGACCGACGUGGCCCGGAGGCCCCCGGACCACGCCAGGAAGCACCGGCCCCGCAGCCGGCGCCUGGAAGACGCCUGGGGGGAGGCGGGUACCAAGCCCCUGGAGCAGGGAGGCAGGCCGCCUAGCCCGGCCUGGCAGCAGCAGCCCCAGCUGCCACCGCAACAGCCUCAGCCCUGCCAGCACUACCCUCCGGCCCGGGGAGAUUCGCCCCCACCUUACCCGCGGGGAGCUUACACUCCCCCGAGUGGAACUUUCGGGGUAGAAAAGGUGCAGAGCGGAGACCAGUGGGCAGUGCCGGCCUGCAGAGGUCUCGGUCGCUGGUCCCUUUCCUCGGUUCACACGAAGAAGUGUUCUGUGCCCUCCAGAGAGUUCGGGACGCAGUCAGGUUGCGUGUACCUCCAGAAAAGAUACCGUAAUGAUCCGGUGGAGUCCUUAGCCAGCCAGUACUCCCAGCCCUCGCUCUCCAGCAAGGCGAUGCAGAACCAGCACACCCAGAUCCUCAAGAACAAGCUGGAAGAGGCAGUAAUGUCCUCCAGGGACCGGAAGAUUGUGGCCCUGGUGCUGACCUGGCUCAAGAAGGCCCAGAGGAUGCGGGAGCUGCAGCAGCAGGCGGCCCUAGCCUGGGAGGAGCUGAAGCGCUCGGACCAGAAGGUCCAGUUGACUCUAGAGACAGAGCGCAAGCUGCUGCUGCAGCAGAGCCAGGAGCAGUGGCAGCAGGAGAAGGAGCAGUGUGUCCGACGGCGGGACCAGCAAGCGACGAACACGAGCCGGCAGGAGCGCAGGUGGAAGGCGCAGCUAGGGGACCAAGAGAACCAGCGCCAGGAGAAGCUGGAGGGGGCCCCCUCUGAGACCGAGGCCAAGCGCGGGACGCAGUACCAGGUGCAGCGCCUGCAGGAGCACGAGAGGAUGAUGCAGGACCUGCGGGAGCAGAACAGCCUGCAGCUGCAGAAGAGGCUGAAGCAGGUCUGUCUAAAGAGGCAUGUGCACACCACCGAGGGCCAGAAGAAGAUCCAGGAGACCCGUCUUAGCUCCCUAGUCAAUUACCAGGCCCAGAAGGUCCUCAGGGACUGCCAGGCCAAGGCUGAGGAGCUCCUUAGGAAGCUGUCCCUGGAACAGAGUUCCCAGUGGUCCCAAGAGAUCCCCCAGGGCCUGAUUAAGGAGCAUCACCGGGAGCCGAAGGAGAAGGUCAAGAAGGAGGAGGAGCAGUGCCAGCAGGUCAAGGGGUGCGCGGAAGAGUCCGGGGAGCAGAGGAAGGGGCACGAGCGGCUGCCCGUGGAGCUCGCGGACCAGAAGAUCCUGCAGACCAGGAGUAACGUCCACAGGAAUAUCAGCGACAAGGUGCAGCAGAUUCGGGAGCUCAACAUCCUGCGGGAGAAGAAUCAUCACAUCCUGAAGCUGAAAGCCGAGAAGGAGGAAAAGUGCCACAUCGAGCGCAUUAAGGAAGCCAUUAGGAAAAAGGAGCGGAAGAUGGAGCAGAUCUCGCGAGAGAAAGAUGCACCCUUCGGUGAAUUCCAAAAGAUCUCCAGGGCCUCCAGGGCAGACAACGUGAGAAAGUUUGCCAACAACUUCUUUGAUCCGAUAGGGCGGGAGGCCCAGGUUCGAGCUGGGCAGCAGAGAGGAGGCCACUGAGAACCUGACGACAAAUAGCUUACAGCCCAGGCGGCUAGAAAGAGAUGUGGCAAUGUGAUUCGUUUUAUAAUCUGAUUAUAAUUGAGCAUUCAUUUUUUAAAAGUGUAUAAAAUAGCUGCAAUUUCGUCUGAUGAACUAGUUUAUUAAUUCAUUUGGAUGGUUGAGAGGGUUGGGGUAGAAAUUUGGAAAUUUUAAGAAAAUUACUUGCCUUUGUACAUUUGGAUUUAAGUAGAAAAUAUUCAUUUAGUUCUCAAGUAAUCUUAGAAGCAUAUGUCAGACACAUCUUUGAGGAACCAAAGAAAAAUCUACAGUGGGGAAUACAGUUCUGUGUCAUGAGCUAAUGCUGUUCCAGCCAAAUGCUGUGUACAUUCCCAGCAUUCUAGGAAAGUGCUUAAAAUAUCUCAGACAGACGUCCCAUGAAUCUAACUCUUCCUCUUGACAUAGAACAGUGUGAGAGAAUGCCAGAUAAAACAGCAGAUCCAGUCCUGCAAUACUCAAAAUGUCCAGGUUUCAAUUCAAAAUCACACUUCGUGUCAAGAACCAAGAAUAUCUCGAACUGAAUGAAAAAGACAAUAGGUGUCAAUGUGAGGAUGACAAAUGUUAGAAAUAUCUAAAGAUCUUAAAGAAGCCAUGAUAAAAAUGCUUCAACAAGCAAUUAUGAACACACUUGAAACAAGCAAAAUAUAAAAUUGUCUUGGCAAAUAGAAAGCCUCAAAAAAAAAAUACGAGAUAUAAAGAAGAACCAAAUGUAAAUUUUAGAACUGGAAAACACAUUAACAAAAAUAAAAAGCU